AUGUCCCCUUCAGCGCCGCCCUUCCUCGGCGAGCUUGCGUUUGAACUGAACACCGUCGCUCUGUGCUUUGUCGCUUCCCUUGCUGUUGUUAUAGCCCUACGCGGAAUAUGGCUUCGCAAGGCCUCAAACAGGCCUCCUCCGCCAGGCCCUAGGGGUCUCCCACUGCUGGGAAAUCUCUUUGACAUGCCGCGACAUAGCGCGUGGCUAACGUUUUCGGCGUGGUCCAAGGAAUUCGGCGAUGUUGUGCAUCUACGCGUCCUCGGACGAUCCAUCGUCCUCCUCAACUCUGCCGAAGCCACCUCGGACCUCCUCGAGAACCGCUUCGGUAUCUACUCAAACCGCCCGGACUUCCCGCUCAUGAACCUGGUCGGCCACAACAACUGGAACUUCGCCUUCAUGCCGUACGGAAAGCAAUCGCGCGCCAUGCGCCGCCUCUUCAGCAGCAAGUACUCGUCGCCCGCCGCGCAGCAGCUUUUCUACGACUCGCACCGCGCGUCGAUGGGCCGCUUCCUCCAGCACGUCUUGCGCGACCCCGAGGGGUUCUCGGAGCACCUCAAGCUGCGUUCGGGGCAGCUUAUCAUCGACGUCACGUACGGGAUCAUGAUUGAGAGCGUGGAGGAUCCGCUGCUGAAGACGACGGAGGCUGUCAUGGACGUGGCUUCCGUCGCGCUCAGCCCGCCGAUGUGGCUCAUGAACCCGUCAGCUAUCAUGCAGUUCAUUCCGAAAUGGCUCGGGGGAUCUGCGGUGUCGCUCCGGCUGCAGCGCUGGCGCCAGGAUGUCGAAGAUUUGCGGAAUGUCGCGUUCUAUACUUGUAAAGAGCGACUCGGUAAGGGCCUAGCGAAGCCCUCGUACACCGCGAGUCUCUUGCAGGAGCUGACGCCCGAAGACGGAUCUGUCGAAGAGAGCAUGAUUCGCGAUACAGCCGCCGUAGCUUAUGGAGGUGCUUUUGAGACCACUGUCAUUAGCGGUGAGGUGUUCCUGCUAGCUAUCGCACUGCACCCGGAGGUGCAGGCACGCGCACAAGAGGAAAUCGACCGCGUUGUGGGCACGCACCGUCUGCCCGACUUCGUCGACCGCGACCGCCUGCCGUACGUGACCGCGAUCAUGAAGGAGAUCCUGCGGUGGCAUCCGCCCGCGCCCACCGGGAUACCACACCUGCUGAUAGAGGACGACGUGUACCGGGGAUACCGGAUCCCGAAGGGGUCUAUCGUGAUGGGCAAUGUGUGGGGAAUCACGCACGACCCUGCAAUGUACCCAGACCCACUUGCGUUCAAGCCCGAGCGGUACAUCGCCGCGGACGGCACCUUUGACUGCAGCACGAACGACCCGAGCCGAUACGUCUUCGGCUUUGGCAGACGCGUGUGUCCAGGCAAGUUCUUCGCGGAGGACUUAGCGUGGCUCACCGUCGCGCAGUUCUUGGCUGUCAUGACCGUCACCAUUCCCGCCGGCUGCCCGCAGCCCAAGGUGGAGUUCGUUUCUGGGGCCAUCUCGCGGCCUGCGCCGUUCGAGUGCGAAAUCCGGCCGCGAUCGGAUGUUGCGGCCCAGCUUAUCGAGUGUUGCGUGAGAGAGUAG